CACGACAAUGGACUCUUGAGUCUGACAUUUUGUUGCUAGCUAGCUGGGAAAGCAGCUAGUACAUACUUUUUGUGCAGCUAAACCGUCAACAUGUCUUUAUAUUGAUUAAUGUAGCUAUAUUAUACAUCAUAUAAUUGAAAUAGCAGCUAAACGACGUGCAAAAGAUAACACUGUGCCUUCGAACGUGGAAAAAUGGAAUUACUUCCUGUGCUGGAUCCAGAGGAUAAACCACGAGCAGGACUGUGGUAUGCUAUGAUACCCAGAGGAGGUGGUCCAGGAGUUAGUGUGGGCCACACCUGUAUAUACAUCCCUUCUGAGGAUGAUGGCAAGGGGAAGGUCCUGAUCAUAGGAGGAGCCAACCCUAAUGGCAGCUUUUCAGAAUCCCACAUCAUAAACCUGGACAGUCACGAGUGGGACAUUCCUGAAUGGGAGGGUCUGGAGGCACGGUAUGAACAUUGCAGCUUUGUCCCUGAGAGCUGUCCACAGAGCCUGUGGGUGUUCGCUGGGGCACAGCAGAGUGGCAACCGCAACUGUGUCCAGAACCUACAACUCACAGACGGUGGGUUGUGGAAGGGUGUAGAGGUGAAAGGGACGCCGCCCUGUCCCAGGACGUAUCACACUAACUCAGCCAGCGUCGGGGACCGACUGUUUGUCUUCUCUGGAGGGGACUCAGGGGCCACACCUGUCUCGGACCCCAAGCUUCACGUCUUCAACACAGUUUCCUGCACCUGGUCUCAGCCAGACACACAGGGCAGACAUCCCCCUGCAAGACACGGCCACGUGGUGACAGCGGUAGGACCCAAAAUCUAUAUCCAUGGAGGCAUGGCAGGAGAGAAGUUCCACAGCGACAUCUACUCUCUAGACACCAGCAGUAUGAAGUGGGAGAAGGUCCAAGCCAAAGGAGACAUCCCCCCGGGAGUGGCUGCCCACUCAGCUGUGGCCCUCGGAAAGAACAUCUACAUCUUUGGAGGGAUGACCCCAGAAGGGGCCAGCAAUGCAAUGUACAGAUUUCAGUGUGACAAAAGGCGCUGGACCCUGUUGAGGUUUGAAGGGAACAUGCCACCCAACAGACUGGACCACUCCAUGUGUGUCCUACCCUGGAGAGUAAGGCCUGAGAGCACCAGUGGAGAGAGAGACCAGGCCCAGAGCUCCUCAGCGUCAGGGACCGUACAGCUGGCAUUUGUGUUUGGAGGGAUGGACACUCAGGGGGUCAUACACAGUGACUGUGUUGUAACUGUCCUAACAUGACCUUGAUAGCUACUGCUCUGGGAAAUACCAUGUGCCUGUUGAACUAUUUGUCAAUAAUAUUGCUGCAGUUAAUUUUAGCACUACCUUUUUCAAACAAAUCCAACCAGUGUCAUAAGCUGCCCAUCCAUCCAAUGACAUAUGAUCAUGGUUCAGUGCCAGUAGAGCCUAAUUUACACCCCACAUACAUACGGAACUACAAGUAUCUCUGCAAAAUGGUGUUGCAUGGCAGAUGCGCACAGGCUAUAGCGCAGGGCUCUCCAACCCUGUUCCUGGAGAGUUGCAGUCCUGAUAAGCUGCACCAGGUUAGUUAACUGUGGGUGGAGUGAAAAUCUACAGGAAGGUAUCUCUCCAGGAAAAGGGUUGGAGAGCCCUGCCAGAGAGCGCUUAACAUUUAUGUAGUCAACUGUGUGGGAUGUUAAACUUCAUUAGCUGAUCGGUGUAUCGGGAGGGAGAAAAAAAAGCAAAUCCAGAAAAUUGACUACUUCAAAAUGGAGAUAGCCUCAAUGGCACUGCCCAUGCUGUCACAGAUGGUAUUAUGGUGCAGACCCCCAAAUCAUAACUCAACGCAGUUACAUUUGAAUUUUAAACAUGGAAUAUUUUGGAAAUUAACAGAAAAUGACAGUCGAUGUUCUGUGGUCAGAUGCAAUAGGACGUCUACCCGCUGCACACAGCCAACGUCCAUUGUGGUGUCUCAUUCUUAACAUAUGAUUACCCAUCAGACAUGUGUAAAUUGAUGCAGAAUAAUAUCAGAGACAAAUCAAAGACAUUUGUAUCAAACAUUUAUUUCAAUGUCUUUAUAGUAGAAAGUAAUUUCUACAAUGACCAGAUUCAAUAAAUAACUUGUUAACAUU